AUGGCACGACCUCAGAUCCAGGAGGGCGUCUCGUCGCUGCUUGACACUGACCUGUAUAAGCUGACCAUGCAGUGCGCGGUGUUCACAUAUUUCUCCUCAGUCGACGUCGAAUACAAGUUCACGAACCGAACGCCGAGCAUGCGCUUAAACAAGGAAGCAUUCGCCUGGCUGCAAGAGCAAACGGCCAAACUGGGGACAAUUACACUGGCACAACACGAAUUGGAAUACCUGAGGCGGCACUGUCCGUACCUCAACUCCAAGUUCUUAAACUACCUCGAAUCUUUUCGCCUGCGGCCAGCUGAGCAGGUCCAGAUGACAUUUACUCCAGUCGACGACGAGUUCGGAGAUCUGGAUAUCACCAUAAAGGGCCUCUGGGUAGAAACCAUUUCCUACGAGAUCCCCCUCCUUGCCCUUACGAGUGAGGCAUACUUCAAGUUUGUCGACACAGAUUGGGAUUACGAAGGACAAGAAGAGAAUGCUUAUAACAAGGCGCGACGAUUGUUGGAGGCGGGCUGUGUGUUUUCGGAAUUUGGCACGCGGAGAAGACGGUCCUUUCACACCCAAGAUCUUGUUAUCAGAGGCUUGCUGAGGGCGUCGAAGGAGCAAGGUCUGCCCGGGCAGCUGGCCGGAACAAGCAAUGUGUACUUUGCCAUGAAGCAUAGCAUUCCGCCAGUUGGCACCGUGGCCCAUGAGUGGUACAUGGGAAUCGCCGCGCUCAGCAACGAUUAUGAGCAUGCCAACGAGCAGGGACUUCGGUACUGGCUCGACUGUUUCGGCAAAGGUGUACUGAGCGUGGCUUUGACCGACACAUUCGGCACUCCCGACUUCUUCAAGGCGUUCAGACGCACAAUCCCAGCAAAGACUUCCGGUCCACAAGAUGAGACGGCAGAAGAGUCAAGUCAGUCAUCCCACCCGGUCACUUAUGCGGAAGUGUUUGCUGGCAUCAGACAAGAUUCGGGGGAUCCAAAGGAGUACCUCAAAUUAGCCAGCGACUUCUACAAGUCAAUGGGGCUGGAAGGAAAGACCGUAGUGUUUUCGGAUGCGCUCGAUGUCGACAAAUGUUUGGAGUACAAGAAGCUGGCCGAGUCGUACGGGUUCAAGCCGUCCUUUGGGGUCGGGACACACUUCACAAAUGACUUCAGACGACGCUCUGACCCACAGAUCAAAUCGAAGCCACUCAACAUCGUCAUUAAGUUGUCGAAAGCAGGAGGGAGACCGGCCAUCAAGAUAUCCGACAACAUCGGCAAGAACACAGGUGACUCGGACACUGUUCGAGACGUCAAACGCCGGCUCGGGUACACAGAACGUGAGUGGGCUGAAGGCGAUGAGGCGAGACGAUGGUGA